GCAGCACUAGUUCAUAAUCAAUUAUCUUCAUUCCUCAAAACAGGUUUACUCCAAUCACCACCACCUUCUUAUUCUGCUUUACUCAACUAUCCACCUACUCCAACUCCAUUAAGACAAUCAAUUAAACGACAUGAAUUCGAUUUACCAAAUUCAUUAAAAUCAACAUCAAAAUCAUUUAAGCACAAUCAUCAAUUCAAAAAAUUAAUUAAAACUUGUAAACCAUUACCUAUAAUUUAUUUUGAACAUGAUUUAAUUAGAAAAGCUUUUUUUAAAGAUCAUCCAUUUGAAGCUUAUAGACCUAUUAAUCUGAUUGAAAAC